CGCGCUGUUGAGUUGUUGUCCGCGGCGGCGUCAUUCAUUCCCAAUAAAAAUGAAGGCGGAUUGAAGAGGUGCGCGGGGAGAGCGUUGGUUUCACGCUGCAGACGCGAGACGAAUAUGGUUAGUUGAGACCAUUACGCCAAACUACAGCAAGCGGACUGGGGGAAGUUAAAGGGGCUUUUCAGCCUCACCACAGUAACAGGAUCUUGAGGGGCGCUGCGUGCUAACGAGCUACAUGGGACAUACUUUGAAUUAUUUAAUUGCGGCUCGCGCAAGCGCGUUUUGACAAUACUGACGCGCAGAUGCUAGACUACAGCGCGUUGAUGGAAAACGGACGUUUCUGCGCUUUGCACGGAAGAAAGUGACCGUGAAUCAGCGUGGUUGGCCCCUCUCGUCAUGCGGCGGUGGGGGAGGAUCGGAGCAGGGACCUCGCAGCGGAUUUUAUGUUUCGCAACAAUGUUAAUGCCCCACACCGAGGGAUUAUAAGGCCUCAAAAUGACACUUGGUUUCCAAAUGGUUAAAGUGCACCCGCGAAGUUGCGCAUAGAGUUUGUUCUGCGAAAUAGUGUCGAUAACAACAACAACAUAAAAGUCAAGAGAGCGCAGCUCCAUCGAAACUCUUCAACAGGAAUGUAUUUGACAAGAAUGUAGCCCACAGCACAGCCUGCUAAAUCUGUAAUCUGCAUUAAUUGAUCAGGGAACCAUUUCGGGAAAAGCCUUCGUGUGUCUUAACGCAUCUUUAUGUGUGAAGUUAUUCUGUGGUCCUCUGCGCAAAUGGCGUCUUUCCCAGACUCCGACCUGCAAACAUGUCCGCUCUGCAAGGAGCUGUGCGGCUGCUCUGCUCCGAUCUCCUCCAACUCAUCUACCUCCUCCUCGUCCUCUCAGACCUCCAACUCCUCAUCUACCUCAUCCACCAGGAGACUGCACGUCCUGCCCUGUCUGCACGCCUUCUGCAGGCAGUGCCUGGAGGGCCAGCGGAGCCCCGGCGACCCCCUGAAGCUCAGAUGCCCCACAUGCGACCAAAAGGUGUCUCUGUCGGAGUCGGGCGUGGACGCGCUGCCCUCCUCCAACUUUCUCUUCAGCAACCUGCUGGACGUGGUGGUGUCCGCUGAAGAGCAGGGCAAGAACGGGCGGUCUUCUGCGGUGGUCCAUCACGGUGGUCUUCUGCGACCCCAGCACCUCUCGGACCCCCAGUGCAGCUCUUGUGACGAGGGCAACCCCGCUACCUCCCACUGCCUGGACUGCCAGGAGUACCUGUGCGACAACUGCGUCAGGGCCCACCAGAGGGUCCGACUCACCAAAGACCACUUCAUCGAGGGCCUGCUGGAGAGCCUACACCUGGCCAACCGCACCAACAACUCCAACACCCCGGUCUCCAUCUCCCAGUCCUUCCACAACAGCUUCUCCAUGCUCAAUGUUUUCCAGGAGAGGAUGGACUUUUGCCAGCACCAUGAUGACGCGGUCCUGCGGUUCUUCUGCGACAGCUGCACCGUGCCGAUCUGUAGAGAGUGCAGUUUGGGCAGACACGCGGGUCACAGCUUCACAUACCUACAGGACGCAUUGCAGGAUUCCAGAGCGCUGACCAUCCAGCUCCUCGCAGACGCGCAGCAGGGCAGACAGGCCAUACAGCUGAGCAUCGAGAAAGCCCAGGCCAUUGCUGAACAGGUGGAGCUGAAGGCUAAGGUUGUGCAGUCAGAAGUAAAAACAAUCACUCUCCGUCAUAAGAAAGCCCUGGAAGAACGGGAAUGCGAGCUGCUUUGGAAGGUGGAGAAGAUCCGCCAGGUGAAGGCAAAGUCACUCUACCUGCAGGUUGAGAAACUACAUCAGAAUCUCACGAAGCUGGAUAGUACUAUUGCCACAGUGACACAGGUUCUUGAAGAGGGCCGUAGCAUAGACGUCCUGCUAGCCCGCGAGCACAUGUUAAAUCAACUACAGGAGCUCAAAUCCCUCCGUUGCAUUCUUCAGCCCCAAGAAGACGAUCGCAUCAUGUUCACCCCUCCAGACCAGGCUCUUCUUAUUGCCAUCAAGUCCUUGGGCCUCAUCAGCAGUGGAGCUUUCGCCACAGCAUCCAAAGCUCACGGAGAAGGCAUCAAGAGAGCGCUGCAAGGAAAGCCAGCAUCCUUUACCGUUGUAGGAUACGAUCAUGAUGGAGAGCCUAGAUUGUCCGGUGGUGACAGUGUCUCGGUCGUGCUUAUGAGUCCGGAUGGUAAUCUGUCCAGUGCAGAGGUUUCCGACCACCAAGAUGGAACGUACACGGUCAGCUAUCUGCCUAAAGGCGAGGGGGAGCAUUUGCUGUCUGUGCUUAUAUGCAAUCAGCACAUUGAGGGAAGUCCUUUCAAGGUGAUGGUGAAGUCGGGUCGCAGUUACGGUGGUGUCGGUUUGCCCAUGGCGUCUUUCGGUGGAGAAGGGGAUGGGGACGGGCAACUGUGUCGACCUUGGGGGAUCUGCGUGGAUAAGGAGGGCUAUGUGGUGGUCGCUGACCGAAGCAACAACCGUGUGCAGAUCUUCAAGCCUUGUGGCACAUUCCACCACAAGUUUGGCACUUUGGGCUCACGACCGGGCCAGUUUGACCGCCCUGCCGGGGUCGCCUGUGACAGCCAGAGGAGAAUCAUUGUGGCAGAUAAGGACAAUCACCGCAUCCAGAUCUUCACCUUCGAUGGGCAGUUUCUUCUCAAGUUCGGUGAGAAGGGAACCAAAAAUGGUCAGUUCAACUACCCAUGGGAUGUGGCCGUCAACUUCGAGGGGAAGAUCUUGGUUUCAGAUACACGCAACCACCGCGUGCAACUCUUUGGGCCUGACGGAACUUUCCUCAACAAGUAUGGAUUCGAAGGUGCCCUAUGGAAACAUUUCGACUCCCCUCGUGGCGUGGCCUUCAAUCAGGAAGGUCACCUUGUUGUGACUGACUUCAACAAUCAUCGACUGCUCGUCAUCAGGCCUGACUGCCAGUCUGCACGCUUCCUUGGAUCCGAGGGAACUGGGAAUGGCCAGUUCUUGCGGCCACAAGGUGUAGCCGUGGACCAGGAGGAUCGUAUUAUCGUGGCGGACUCCCGCAACCAUCGCAUUCAGGUGUUCGAACCCAACGGCAACUUUUUAUGCAAGUUUGGGACUCACGGUAAUGGCUUCGGGCAAAUGGAUCGCCCCUCUGGUAUAGCAGUGACCCCAGAUGGAGUGAUUGUGGCCGUGGAUUUCGGAAACAACCGAAUCCUCAUGUUCUGACCUUUUUAAGAUUUGAAAUCCAAAACUGUGGACAAAUAGAAAAGGAGAUUUUGCACAUCUAUCAGGAGCAAAUGCAGUUUGAUCUUAGCGAGGUGACAGCAGUUGUAGGACUUUAUAGUUUUGUACGAUUCUCAAUGAUCACGUAACACCAAAAUGCUUGCCGUUACAGCACAGUUUUGACUGCUGCAAGCUGAGAGCAUUUCGCUUUUGGUAUGUGUCUUCAAAUCUUUUUUUUUUAUUAUUAUUUUCCUUUUUUUUCUCAGGGAAUUUCUUGCAUUCUUGAAAUAUUUUCUCUCUGCAUUACACCUACCUCAUCUAGCUUAUGUAUGAAUGUACUCGCGUUUGUGCAGAGACCUAGUCGGUGAAGUUUUGUUAAAAAAAAAUUGUCUACCUCAGUGUUUUUUUUUUCUCGUAGAAUGUGAGGGACAUGACAGAUAAAAGAAAAAAAGACAAACGAAAAAAAAAAAACUUAAAUGAAGCAAUGUUUGGAUAUUUGCACAGUUCGCACAAUUUUUCCUUGAUUGUUACUGUGCACAGAACGCAAGUUAUAUCCCUGAAUGUUUCUCAUAACUAUGGACGAAAACAGAGCUGCAUGUUUUGGCAGAAACAUUAGGAUAACGUUUUGAUAUAUCUACUGCUAUGUGUUCUUUUUUUUGUGUACAUUUUAAAUCGGACAUCAUCUUUAUCUCGUACCUCAUCUAAACUUAUUACCUCAUUUACCGUAUUAUACCUCUGGGUCCAUGAGCCUCAUUACACCAUUUACCUCACUUUAUGGUCUUUUCCAUUUGAAAAAUUAUGCAAGCAGUUACCAAAAAUGAAUGUUGUGUAACUGAUGAAAGAGACUGCAAAGCUAGACUAAUAAUUUAAAGACCUUAAGACCUUCAUAAUAUAAUCAAGAGUUUUGCUCUGACUGUGAGAAACGCAGCAGCAGAACAAACACCAUGACUAUUUUAGAAAUUAUGAAAAAAGUAGUGGAUCUUCUUCAAAGAAGAUCUUCAGGUCUUUUAGUUUCGCGGUGGGACAUAUUGACAGAAUGUAGACACUAAAUAGAAUAUCGAAGUGUAAAAAUGGCCUAGCCCUUAUCUUUUUUUUUCUUUUUCAAAUGCACGAUUCAGGCAAGGUAUUUAUAAAGAACGUUAAAAUAUAGGCACAUGAAUGAAUGACUGACAAACAAGGAUAUAAUCCAGGACUUUUUUUCAUUUUUGUUUUAUUUUGAGGCCGAGCUUGUAGGAGUCUCAUUAUGAACAGCUGCAUCAGAUCACAAGUUGGUUUUUGUUGUUCUAUUGAUUACAGCAUAGCCUACAGUGUUUCCUGUGCCCAUUUAAAGCAGGAUCUCAAGGGAGACCAUCCACUCCGUCAGCGUAACAUCAUUUGAAAACACUUAGAAUCAAUCGAGCCCAGUUUGAAAUCGGAUAGUUUGUGCCUGACUUGUGGGUAACCACUUUAAAGUGUUGUUUGCUUCUGCGUUCAAUUGAUUAGAAGAAGAAAGAGGAGUAGAAAUAUAUAGCACUGGUAUUCAGCGGAACAAAAGCACACGAGUCUCCCAAUAUAAACUUCUCUCGGAAGGAAAACGUGUAGGUCACUAAGAUUACGUCAUACCUCAAAACGUUUCUUGUUGUGUGAAGUUUUGCGAAUGAGAAUUAAUCACUAAAGUCGUUCUGGGAUUAACAGGUCCUUGUUCGUUUUUGUAUGUUUCCCCGUUCUUCUCGUCUUAACAUAUGAGCGUUUAUAGGAAUUGCUUUCUGAAUGCGUGCCGCACCACCGACUAGUCUGUACAUAUGUGUGGCAGGCCCACUUCCAGAACCUUAACCUUUGGGGUUAACUAGCAUGAUGUUUUGCGUUCGAGGUAAAAUUGGAAAUCGGGAAAUCGUGGGAGGCCUAAUUCGGAAAGUGCUCGCGUUUUCCUGUAGGCUGCAGUCAGCUUGUGUCCUGUCAUGAGUAUUAACGUGCUUGCAUGUAGUUACCUGUGCCUUUCGUGAUGCUAGAUAAAUCGAAAUUUGAAUGUCUUUGCCAAAGGGUGACUAUAGGAAGUAGGCAUGUGCCAAAAAAGGAUUCCGAAAGUCACGGUUUUUGAGUAUUUGUAAAGUGGAUCUUUUUCGUUUCUUUGCGUAUUACCUCAUUCUAAACAAGAUCUUCAAUGUGGAUCCUCAGGCAUAUUUAUGUUGCGAUUUAAAGGAGAGAUGUGAAUUAUUAUUAUUAUUAUUAUAUGAUGAUGUUACUUUUUAAGAGUAGACAGUUAGAUUUCGAAAAUCGAUAGGACUAGUGUGGGUAUCGGAAGACCCCCGUUUGAUGGAUGUAAAGAGUUUAUGCAAUAAAGAAAGAUUUGCUGCUUCCACCAACACAGAUCUUCCCUGUCUUACAGUAUUAAUAUCACGUUUGAUCUGUUGACUAUUUAGCGGUAAAGUUUUCACCCCUGCUCUCUUUAAGAGGCAACUUUAAAUGUACUUUUAUUCAUAUUAUAUUAUUAUUUUUGCAUGCUGUUAAAGUCCUUGUAGGCUGGUGGAUGUAAAAUGGAGGAAGGACUUUAUACUGUACCAAAAACAAACAAACAAAAAAAAAGUGAAUUAUCAUUUAAGUUGUGGUGAGUGGUUGACUAUAUGAUUGUACUAUUCCUAGAUAGCUUUUCAGAGUAAGGUAACCUCAUCCGUUCAGAUGCCUUACCACAGCUUAGCUUUAGCUUUUUUUGGAAUCGAAUCAGAACUGGAAAACUGCCAAAGACCUCGUUCAAGUGAAGCCUCCGCGUGUGGAUGUUAUUUAUGAAAACCUUUUAUUUUAUUUGCUUUAGUUUGUCCAAUCAUUUUGGCGUCGAUCAUUCUAAUAUUUGAACACGCUGUCUGUUUUAACCGAGGACGUCGGAGUUUGUGUGAAACACGAGGUUUUGAGCAGGUGCCCUGCAGGACCAAAGAUGGAGAGAAUAUUAAAGUAAACGUUUGAAUCCAGCUCCCACGGUUAUCAUCGAAAACUGAUCUCCGACUGUGUGGUGGUGGUAGUGUUGAUUUUGGCUAUAGAAUCAGGCGGCCGUUUUAUGUGGGAUUUGACGACCCGAGAGAGAUCAGUGUAGAUAAAAGUAUGUAAAACCCCUUUAGCGGUGAUUUGGACACGUUACAAGUGUACAUUUGAGAGACAAUUCAAGGACUGAAACUGUGAUCUAGAUAUUUAGUCGAACUCAGUCCGUGUCUUUGAAUUUCAGAUCAUAGCCGUUUGUUUUCGUUUUGUUUUGGACCUCUGGUCUCUAAUUGUACGGGUUUUGUCACCAUUUCUGGUGUAUUCCAGCUUAUGACUUCUUCCUUACUGGGGAAUAACAGAAAAUGUAAGUUCAGAAUUGUGUGGUCGUAGACCCUUUUAUUGAUUGUAUUAUCUUAAGGAAAAAAAAAAGAGAUGUGUAUACACACAUUAAAACAACUCAGGUAGCUUUGUAGAGAUUUGAUUAAAAUUCAAUAUUUGUUUCCUACAGUUUGAUAGUGAAUCCUUUUGUUUAGUACCUCAUGAGCUUUUUGUGUGUUGUUUUGAUGGUAAAAUAAUGCUGUUAUUGAAUACCAUGGGAUCAUUUUCAUCCAUGUCACAGUGAGGGGGUGAACAAUCCAUAACCUUUAAACCAGCAUGCGUCUCUCUGUUUUGUUUUAAACUACCAUCACAAGAAAUAAUUACCAGAUGAAUGGAAUGUUUGCAUUCAAAGGCUGCUACAAACUUCAUUUGCCUUGAGAUGAUCAGAAAUGCCUUCAAGCUUGAUAAGACGCUAGUUUUGGGCAACUGUGUUUCUCGGAUAGAUGUUUAGACCUGUUUUUCAGGCACUGGCAUAUGUACAUCAAUACUUUCCAAAACCCUUAAAGUCUCAGUGCUUUUUUUUAAAGAGGCUUGGCUGUGAGACUGGCUAAGCGAUGGCUUUGGGGAGAUUCUGCCCCAAAGCUCUGACCUGGAAUCAAUUUUGCCUUUUAAAAUACAACGAUUAGGGUAGAAUCAAAGUAGCAAAUGCUGAUUCCAGGUCAGUUGUCUUCUCAGGUGGAUUAUAUUGGCUGAGGAGCCCUCCAAGAGGCCUGACAUCUCUCUCGGUUUUUGUGUGUGUGCGUGUGUGUGUGCGUGUGUGUGUGCGCGUGUGUGUGCGCGUGUGUGUGCGCGUGUGUGUGCGCGUGUGUGUGCGCGUGUGUGUGCGCGUGUGUGUGCGCGUGUGCGUGCGCGUGUGCGUGCGCGUGUGCGUGUGUGUGUGUGUGUGUGUGUGUGUGUGUGUGUGUGUGUGUGUGUGUGUGCGCGUGCGCGCGUGUGUGUGUGUAACUUUACAUCAGAUCAGAGUCACCCCCUCAACCAAAGCAACAGAACGGUCAUUUAUUACUCUGAAUAAGGCUGACGAGACUAUAUAAAAUAUGAAGUGGUCUGCGGUCUUGUUUUAUCGUCUUUGUGGACUUUAAACAUUUCCUAUGCAGUUUAUUUUUUUUAAUGUUUGGUUGUUUACAAUUAAAUAAAGUUGUACCUCUUUGGA